GUCCGCCAUGCCCUCCACGGUUGGAUUCUAUAAUAUCUGCAAUGCAGACCCAGGAUACCAAACGUGGAGGGCGUUGAAAUUAGACAAAACCUAAAAAACUGCACCCAAAAGCCCGAAAAAUGGAACUAGAAUAUUCAACAGUGUCGUCUGAAGCCAGCACAGAGAGUUCAGAAAUAUCUCAAGAACUAAAUACUCUCGAAGAAUGUCGAAUAGAAGGUGUGCGUCUACAACUGCCACAAGGCUUGUGCGAAAACAAGGAGAUAUUCAAGGAAUUUUUCUCUUUAAAGACAUGGCAAGAGUGUUUUACAGAGCAACAGAAGCAGCACCUCAGGAAUUUUCUACCAUCUUUCCCUGAGAAUGAUGCACAAGAAAAAGAUGAGACCCUUCGUAGGUUGUUUGCUCGAGAAAAUAUGCGGUUUGGUGUGCCGCUCAACGACUUUCACAUGCGGCUUAAAAAUGGCUUCUUCAGGCCCGACAUUGCCAAAAUGAGAUCACUUAUUCGGAAGGCAGAAGAGCGAGAAUAUGGAAUGUGGCAGCGGAACUACUUCAGACGAGUGAUGAAGGCGGUAUUGCUGUCUCGUCAACAUUACUUGGAAGAAGCAAUGUCACAGCCACCUGGUCACCACCGCCACACUCGCUCGAAUGACACGACAUCUCAUCAACCGUUCUCCACUUCUCCGGCAGAAUCGUUGCCAGGCUAUACAAACAAUGCAUCCUUUUCUGCGGCUAAAAAAAUUGCUGCAGAAAGCCGUGCUCGUAGGCGCUACUUUCGAGAGCUUGCUGCUGUCCGUGAGGAAGUUGGCCAGAGUGACCACAGUUCUGAAGAUGAGAACUAUCCUGAAGGUCCUCCGCCCAGACUGAGCAAAAGGCAGAAACGGCAACUGGCGGCUCUUCAGAGCUCACUGCGGACGGACUCCGGCGGCUUCGUCGCCGGCGGGGAGAACAGUCCCACGCGGCACUGGCCCGCCGUCGCGUCUACUCUGUCUGUCCGGUCGGGGGAUGUCGGCGGUGGUGCCGGGGACCUUCUGCUGGCCGGGCUGGAUGCAGGGUAUGCCAGUGCGAGUGGCAGCCUGUACGAGCCAGGGGAGGAGACCUACCGCGCCAUGCUCUACCGCCACAAGAGGCGAAGAGCGCACGGAGAUUCACAUCCGGAUCUGGAGACCCACGGUAUCUCGAUACACGAUGUGGCAACGAGGGCGCAGAUGGCUAAGAGACCGAUUCCCGCGACACCUCCGCUGCGCUGCCCUCCCUCCUCCAGCCCCACGCCGAAUGCUACCUCGUCGCCUGUUAGCACACCUAGUCACCACUACCAGCAGCAACGAGCGGCGACACCACCGAGUACACCUCACGAGGGAGGGAAGGUGACCGUAAAGCGCCAGAACAUGCCGGCGAGGGCAGGGAGUGGGAAAGGAAGCAGUGCUGACCAUCAGCAUGUCAACAACAGGGCGCCUCAUCUUCGCAUUGCUAGCCCACAGGUAACCAAUGCUGGAGCCAACAGUUCAGAGAGCUCAGAAAGUGGGGAUGAAACUGAAUCUGAAUCGGAAGAUGCUGUCGACGAUAAGACAGGCCUUUUGCCAAUGUCUGUUAAAGAAGAACUUAUGGUGCUACCAGAAAUUAAGACAGAACCUAUCGAAGACACAGAACCAUCCCCCAGGGCAAAAGUACGGCGGACUAACAGCGUUGGGUCUUCACCUCGAGGUGCCGGGAAAGCAGUGCAAUCGCAAUCGCAUCCGAACAACCGUAGUAGUCAGCAGCAGCAGCAACAGCAACAGCAACAACAACAACAGCAACAGCAGCAGCAACAGGUGCAGGUGAAGAUGGAGCCAGCAGAGACAGUGCACCAGCAGGUGCAGAUGAUAAAGCUGGAGCCGGGUGAGGCGUGGACCACCAAGCAGGACGGCUCGGCCACGAUAGUGCUGGACCGGCACAGCUCGUCAUUGCUGCAGCAGCAACAGCAGCAGAAGCAGCUGCAGAGGCAGGAACAGCAGAAGCAACAGCAGCGACCAGAGCAUAAGCAGCAGAAGCAGCCGUACCAGCCGCGCCUCGUACACGUCCGAAAGGCCUACAACAUCGCCACCCUGCAGGACCUUGACGGCAUCGACAUGAUGAACCUGCCUGUCGACCUGGAAGAUUCUUCUGACAUAAAGCCAGCUCCUGAGCUGAUGCAGGAGACGCACACCUGCUUCUUCUCGUUGAUCCGAGAUGUGAUUUGCUCGACGGUGCAACACCGGAUGGCAAUGCCGACCCUCCAGGAUAGGUUGCGGGCCUGGCAGGAGAACCCCAUCUCGCCCCUCAACGACUGGUACCACCUGGCACCUGACUCGUGGGUCAGCUUGCUGCCCUCUGCCAUCGGUUUCCUCUGUGGUGACUACCCUGAUUUUCAGCCAGACGAAUUUGUGCCGUAUUUGGAACGCAAACCGAACCAAGCGUACCAGUGGAUUGGUGCUGGGAGGGACUCGGACUCCCACCUGCUGCCACUCUGCCAGCACUGGCUGCUGCGCCGGGACGAGAUGCGAGCCGUCGGGCCGCGGCCACCACCGCCCCCGGCGCAGCACGGGGGACCUGGCGGGAGGCGGCACUCCCACCACGGCCGAGAGAGGGAGAGGGAGAGGGAGAAGGGCAGUGCGGGGGCAGAUCACGUGAGGGUGGCGGACGCCUCGGAGGGAGACGGCGGCGAGGUGCCGGGGCAGAGCACGGAUGACGACGACCGCGCACAGUCUCCACCGCCGCCCAGAUGCCCCACGACUUGGGUGGUGCGGCCCAGCACUGCUGCCGAGAAGGAGAUCUACCGGGAGCAGGAACGCCGCCGAUAUGAAAAUCCUCACAAGGCUUUCACUUUUCGGAUGCACGGUUACGAAUCUGUUGUGGGCCCCGUCAAGGGAGUUUACAAUCAGAGUGCUGGGCCCAACAAGCCACGAGGGCAUUCUCUGCUAGUUGGUGAGAGGCCAAAUUUUGUCACCAUCCUAGCACUUGUGCGUGACGCGACGGCCCGCCUGCCCAACGGCGAGGGCACGCGCUCUGACAUCUGCGAGCUGCUGCGCGACUCUCAGUACUUGGCUCCGAUUGCCCAGGAGAACUACCUGCAUUCUGUGGUGAGCGGGGCGCUCGACCGCCUGCACUACGAGCCGGACCCCUGUGUCAAGUACGACACCAAGCGGAAGAUCUGGAUAUACUUACACCGCGGCCGCUCUGAGCAGGAAUUUGAGAGACUCCAUCAGCAACAACAAGGUGUGACGAAGGCUAAGAAGCCCCUCGGACCACGUAAGCCCGGUGGACGGCGCCCGAGGCAAGAAUCUCAGCAAGGGGGUGUGCUGGCCAGCGUCACUUCUGGAGAGCAGUUGCAGUCCACCACGACAGCGUCCUCUGCGGGUGGCGCAGCUCAGCAAGUGGUGGUCACUACCGUGCCAGGGAAGGGCGUGCCAGUGGUUGGCGCCGUGGCGGGGGGACGUGGUGGGCGCUCGAGUGUGCACCAGCAGAUCAGAGUUGCCGGUAGUAGUGCGGGCACUGCCAUCCACAACCUGCAGGUGACCACAUCGGCUGGCCAGCAAACAAUACAGGUAACAACUUCGCAGAACUUGCUGCCUGCCGCGGGAAAAUCCCUACUCGCAGUUUCAAAUCCCGGGGUGGGCUCCGUGCGCGGCACAUCACUCGCGCAGGCUGUGGCUGCCUCCAACGUAGUGACGGCAACCUCGGCAGCGACUGGGCUGCCCGCAUCCUCACAGCAGCAGCAGGUGGUGAAGACGGUGACGCUGACGGCACAGCAAGUGCAGGCAGUCGCGUCUGCGAGGGCGGCAGCGGCCGCCGUGACAGUGACUGCACCGACCACGACCGUAGGCGCCACGUCGCUCAGGAUGGUGGGUACUGCCGGAGCUGUGACCCGUGGCGCCAAAGGGGGCAAAGCUGGCAAAGGUCAGGGCCGAGAGAGGGUGCGCAGGACGCAGCCAAUCACAGCAGCGAGUCUCAUGACGACAAUGGCGGGCGGCAAUGUGUCGCUUUCAGGAGGACAGGUUGUAACGGGCACCGGCAUUGCCACCACCGUCACCUCCCCUCUGGUUCGACAGGUUGCGGGGCAACAAGUUGUUAAUCUGCAACAGCUGCAGCUGCUGGGCGGGUCCCGCAGCCCGCAGCCCCAGCAGCAGCAGCAGCAGUCGGCCUCUGGCGGGUCACCAAAGCUGCAGAGCACGGCAGUGCAGCAGCAGGCACAGCAGGUGGUGGCGGGUGGGAAGGCAGUGGGGCUGACGGGCGUGAAGCUGGUGGGCGCCAUGAAGGCCCUGCAGCAGCCGGGUGCCGACCAGCAGACCAUCCUCAUCAAGCAGGGCUCGGCCGUCACCACGCAGCAGGUGUCUUCCCAGCAGCAGCAGGUGCUGCAGCAGCAGGCCAAGGCGAUAGCACAGCUGCAGCAGCAGUUACAGCAGCAACAACAGCUGAAGCAGCAGCAGCAACAACUAAAGCAGCAGUUGCAACAACAGCAGCAGCUGAAGCAGCAGCAAACUACGAUUGCCACUGUCGGUGGGACGGUUGUGAGUGCGGCCCAGCAGAGAUUAGUCACAUCCGUGUCGGUCCUCGGGAGCGGCCAGCCGCAGGCUGCACGGGUCGUCACCAGGGUUGGCGGGAAACCGGUACCAGUUGCCAUCUCCACGCAGCAGCAACAACAACAACAACAGCAGCAGCAGCCGCAGGCACCUGUGGUGGCAAAGGUGUUUACCAAUGCGCAGGGCCAAGUUAUCUCCAUGGAAAGCCUUCUGGCACACCAUAAGCAGCAUGGGACUCUCCCACAGGGGACGGCGUUACGUGUGACGACAUCGACAGCCGCAUCCGUUAAGGCACAGCAACAGCAGCAACAACAGCAACAGCAGCAGCAAGUGUCUGCUCCCACGGCCAGCCUCAUACAGAUACCGGGAGCAGCGACGCAGUUUGCGGUGGUGUCGCAGGGCAGCCUGUUGUCGGUGGCAGGCAGCGGAGCCAGUGCACAGACGACCUCUGCCCCCAGAAUACUGCAGGCUACCCAGUUACAGCAGCAGCAACAGCAGCAGGCGGCAGUGAAACUGGUGCAAACGCAGGGCGGCACCAUCGCGAGCACUGCACAAGCAACGCAGCUGAGAGUCGUGGGGACGGCGGGCACUGCAACGGCAGCUGGCAUCAACUUGGCACACAUCGGUGGCAAGCCUGUCAUCAUCGCGGCAGGCAAAGGGCAGGCAGCAGGCCAGAAUGUGCUGCUGACGACAACGCAAGCGAGCAGCGGGCAGACGCAGCAGCAGACGGUGGUCCUCGCGUCGAGGGCGCAGGGCGGGGCCCUUGUGCUGCAACCGGGGGCUGCUGGCGGGGCGCAACAGAUCCUGCUGCCACCGGGCGCUCUCAACCUGAAGACGUUGCAGGGACUCAAGGUCAUCCCGCUGUCUCAGGCCACGGCAGCUGCCGCAGCGAAAGGUCGGCAGCAGGUUUACGCACGCAUCCUGAGCCCUGGCAUCCGAGCUCAGGGGGCGACUAUUGCUACCAGUGCAGCCAACAUCAUGGUUGCAGCACAGCAACAGCAAUCGGGAGGAGUGGCAGCACAUGCUGUCGGAGGUGCGGGUGACAACACUGGAUCUGGGACCAACCCUGACCAGUGAAGCUGUAAAUGUAUUUAUAAAUUGCAUGUUAAACCUGUUAGAUUGGACUGCUAAGAAGAUGAACAGAGUAUGCUCUCGGAUUGGGGUAAAGCAAAACACCAGCGAGGACCCAUCAGCUGUUGAAAACUGCUCGUCUGCUGUUAACAGAGUGUGAACACUUAAGUACCUGAAUGCCUAACAUUGCUGAGAGAGCAUGAGCUCACCACUGGCAUAAUUUCUUUUAUUAUGCAUUGUUUGUGCCGUACAGAAACAUCCUGUUCUUUUGUAUUUUUUUUUUUUUAAUGUAGAAAAAAGAGUGAACUACUUCAUGGCUAAGUACAUUCCUUCAGAAAGUACUAAUCUGUACAAUUUUUUAAAUGUGUUUUACUGUGGAGAAGGAACACUACUUUCUCAUAUGACGUAUUCUAAUCAGUUAUACAGAUUACCGCAUUUUGUAAUUACUUUAUUUUUGCUGGUGCAUUGUGGCAGGCUUGUGUAUAAGUACAGAGCCAAAACGAUUAAAAAAUUGUACCCAACAUUCAUUAUUGGAGUUGCGCACCCAAAAGAAAUUGAUGUAAAAUGUGACUUUUGCAUUACUUUUCAGGAUGUUCAUACAGUUUAAAUUCUGUUUGUUUGAUACUGUUGUUGUCUCUGUUGUGUGUGUUUCUUUUGAUUUUAAUUUUCCAUAUUUACUUUCAAAAGAAGCUAUUACUGCCUCUAGGAAAGAAAAAAAGAGGAAAAUUUUUUAUUGUGAUUUCUUCUAUUAUCAUAACUUGAAAUGUAUAACUGCAAUUUCUUUGCAAUCUGCAAAAUUUUAUUCGUAACGAGCAGAUUUCAAGAGAAAAACAAACUACUUCAAGUGUAGAAUGGGAGUAAACAGUCCGUGUCAGUCACCAUCUUUCUGGAUAUAUUAAUGGAAUAAGAAAUAAAAAUAAUAAGAUGUCUAAGUGUGCAGAAACUGAUAAAUAUUUUUCUUAGUAGUUGUAGAUCAUACCUUUUUGGGAUAAUACAUUUUUGGGACAGCCAAGUCCCAAAUAGCUGAAUAUACUCACUGAUCUGUGUUAAGACAUGCAUUAGCAGUGUAUCAAAAAAUUAAUUUGUAGGGACAUGCCUACCAUCUAUGUAUAAAUAACAACAAGUUUGAAAAUAUAUGGAAAUAAACAGACAGCUGUUCAUAAGAAUAUCCCAUGAGCUUUGAUUAUAAAAGAAAGAAAUAACGUUUUAGAACAGAUUGUGUUUUUAGUAGUUUUUUGGUGUUUCAGCCAUCUACUGAGCAACAGCAGUACUAUUUCCAAUUCCCACUAGUUCUCUCAAAAUGUUACAGUUUUCGGUAACGUCUCAUGUUGUAUCGUCACCUGAACGAGUUUAUCUCUUCUUUUUGGUAUGUUAAUUCCAUUUUUUCUAUUUUCUACAUUAAUGGUGUACUUCUUAGUGUUCAGCUAUGUAGCUUCCAUUUUAAGCACAAUAUUUCGAUGCCCGACCCAGUCAUCUCCUUCAGGCGCUGAGAGUUGUGCUGUGGCAUGUACUCACCGUCUGGACUCCAACCACACUAUGAACUAUCAUUGAUCUUGUGCCGUUGUAUAUAGCUGAUUUUGAAUUCAACUGCUAACGUCCACAGUGCCUUCUGAGGCUCUUUAGUUUUUCAGAGCCUGUACUUACAUUCUGUAGAACGCAUAUUCUGCCAGUGUUUCCCAGGUCUGGUGGAUGUGAUGGCUGGUGAGAUCAUAUCUGAGUGCCGGGCCCCAAUCUGUGUUGAAAUUGUAACCUCUGUCUCUAUUUAUUAGGUUUAUUGACAUACUUGUUUCGAUACUUUCCUUAACUGUGCUGUCCCAGAAACUAAUCUCACUGUGUUUCGCUUGGUGGUUUUAAUGGGGUGUGUCAUUGAUGUUCAUUGCAUCUCUCUUUGACUGUUCUGAUAGUCUGCCCCACACAAGGUGUGACACCUUCAUACCGAACUCAGCUUUCAGAGACCUCAGUCAUCUUUAACAGUACAAAGAAUGCUUUUUAUCUUAGUUAAAGGAAACAGAAUACACUGGAUGCCCUGUCUCCCUAGAAGUCUACCAAUCUUUCCAGACAUUGGCAAGCAUAAGGUAAAUGAGUGAGUUUUAGUUUCUCUUUGCCUGUCUCCGUUUCAACCUCUUUCUCAGGUGUCCUUGAUUUUGACUCAGAUUGAUGAUCGGAGUAACCACUCCUUUGGAACACUGUUGGUAGGUGUUGUAACUCUUCGGCUAGGCUCUCCUUGUCCGAUUUCUGUGGACAACAGUCUUUAGCACUGAAUAUCUGGGUGACAGAUGGUGAUCGCUCAACGUGAGGGGACGGAGGUUGAUGUGCAUGAGUUUUCUGUAUGCACUGUGACCCAUCAAUACCAUAGAUCUUCUGUUAACAUUUCAAGUAAAGGUAGCUAGUCCUCUUCUUCAACACAGCUGAACAUCUGCCUGGGAGCAUACCAUUAAUGAGCCACACUGAGAAAAUCUGAGAGAUCACAUUUAUUAUACUCUUUUUCAAAACUUUUCCCCUUUGUGACUUGGAGAAUGUCUCCUGUCUGGAUGUCUCCUAUAACACUACGCUUCAGAGGCUUCUGAUAUUUUUAUUUGUGUCUUCCCUAUUGUACAAAUCGUGCACCCACACAUGUCCUAUGCUCCAAAUACAUGGUUUUGUGAAUCUUUUUGUGAUCUUGAGCUUUAUAUUAUUGGAUGUUAGUAGACAUUGCUUUUUAUAGAAAGACUUUUUGCCUUGUGCAUUCUUGGCUAUUGUGCCCUUCUUGUCUAUUCCUUCUUUAACUGUUCAGUUAUAGAGAUAGCAAAAUGCCUUCAUCUCAUGUUAAAUUUUGAUAAUGGAAGUCCUGGUAGGAUGUAAGUAAUUAUAAACAAAGGUAACAACUUACUGAAUAGUAGAGAUGUAGAGUUGUAAACAAGCAGAUAAUUCUUGUUUAAGUGUAACAUUUAGCAACUGAAAGACCCACCUUCUAGGCAUGUGAUUGUCUUUGCUUUCUUUCUGUUUAUGUGCUUACUACAGCUAUCAGCUAGUACAAUUGUUUAUAACAUUCUUCUUCGUUUCCCGUUUUUUGGUUCUUUGCAAUUGAAAUCCUCACCAUCAUUGAUUGAAAUCAAAUAUUUGUCUCUUUUUUUUCGUUACUAGCUGCACAUAGAGUAUAAUGAUAAUUUGUUCUUAUUAUUUAACUUCUUUAAGCUUAAGCUCGUAAUGUUAAAAUUUCACUUUGGGAUUCUGUGUCACAGUACGAGUACCUCCUGUUUAUUUCUGUUCACUGUUGUCUUCAACACUAUCAUUCUACUUACUGUUGAACAUUUUUCUCUUUUUCACAAGGAACAGAACUCCAUAUUUUGUUCUAUACAAAUUUUUGCACACUGUAACAAAUAGUAACAAUAAUAAUAAUUUGUUAUUACAUCAGCAAUGAAAGUGUACUCUAAUUUUGGAUGCAGUAAGUUAUAUUUCAGUAGUACAGAUCACAGGAAAAGACAAAAUAUGUACUUGAAAAGAUAAUUAUUUUCAGUCAUUUAAUUUUAUACUUCACUUCUUCAUAAUAUCAUAUUGGAAACUGAUAUUGUGCUUGCCGCAUUUCAUCGAACUAUCUCUGUGAACACUUUUCCAAUGUAUGCACUAUAGAACUGCAGCAAGUGUUGUUGAUGAGGUGAGGAUUAUAAUGUUUCUCAUAGCUUGGUAUUGCACCAUGGACUAAAAUCCAAUAAUGUAUUUCUGUACCUAUUGUUCAAUGGGCUUGAUUUUUCUUUGUUUUUAUUAGUCCUUUGUUGUCAUGGUCAUCGGUCCAUUUGAACCUGUUUACUGUGUUUAAACCUUCACAAUUUCUGCCUCCCACACUUCCGUCCAUUACCCAAUUAACUAUUCCUCAAUGUCUAAAGAUUUGUCAUAUCAGUCUAACCCUUUGUGUGCUCAAGUUGUGCCUAAAGCUUGUUUCUCUCCAGUCCUAUUCAGUACUUCUUCAUUAGUUCCUCAGUCCACCUACAAAAUUUCCUGUAGCAACACAUGUCAAAAAGCUUCUACUCUUUUCUUGUAUGUAGUGUCUAUAGUUCAUGUUUCACUUCCAUGUAAUGCUCCACUCUACACAAAUAUUUUCAGAAACAGUUUUGUAACACUUAAAUUUGUAUUCAGUAUUAAUAAAUUCCUCAUUUUCAGAAAAUUUUUCCUAACUAUGUGCAGUCUACAUUUUGCGUGUUCUUCACUUACAUUGUCAGCAGUUAUUUUGCUAUCCAAACAGGAGAAUGCAGUCUCUCAUUUCCUAAUCUAAUUCUCCUAGCAUCACCUGACUUAAUUCAGCUCCACUCCAUUACUCUUGAUUUAUGUUUGUUCAUGUUCAUCGUGUACCCUCUUUACAAGACACUAUCCACUGCAUUCAGUUGAUGUUCCAAGUCCUAAGCAACCUGACAGAAUGACAAUCUCAUUUCUUCUUCCUGAACUUAAUUUCUUUUGCAAAUGUCUCCUUAGUUUACUGCUUGCUCAGUAUACAUAUUGAAUAACACAUGGGAUAGGCUACAAUCCUGUCCUCCCCGUUCAUUGUAAAUUACUGCCUCCCUUUCAUGUUCUUUGAUCAUCAGGGCUGCAUUCCUACAUAUUUUCUUAAGCAGACUAAUGAACUGAUAUAGUAACUGAUAAAUUAAGUUGCUUUUUGUGGUGCAUCUUUUCACGGGGACAAAGAUUUUUAGCAGAUAGAGUAUUAAAGACAUUUUCCUAAUGUGAUUUACGUACAGUUGUUGAAAUCUUUUGUGAAUUUUUAAAAUACUAGACACUCAUUUGAUGUAUUUGUUACCAGCUGUCAUGUAUUAGGUUUUAAAGAUGUGUCAUUAGGUGCUCAUUGAAAGAAAGAUAUUUUAUAUGUAUAGUGUGCAUUUUCAUCCCUCUUUUUUUUGCUGUAAUAGGAAUAUAGACUGAUCAGUUGAAAUGUUAUUGUCUAUGUUGCACUGCUAAUGCAUAUUUGAAAAAGGGAGACAAGAAGAGGAGGAAAAGAAGGGAAAAAACAAUAAGAUCAACCACUGUGUGUCAUCGACUUUCACCAAUAUGGUGUGCUCUACGUUCUUCUUAGUCCAGAGAGAGAAUUUGGUGAUUAUGGUUAUUGUAUUUUCUGUUGGACAUGUUAAUUUACUUCUAUAGUCUAUCUAAAAGUGUCAAAAGUUCUCCAAGUUGCUACAAAUACCUCAUUCUGCUUCCUCUCCGUUUUACUGCCUGUAUGAAACAUCCUGAGCUGUAGGUAACAACUGAUUUUAUUUCAGUCCGAUCGUAGCAUGCACAGAGCUUUGUAGUUCUCCUGUCAUUGGGAAAAAGGAAACACAAAAAUAAAGCCAUGGUUCUGUUCAGUUUGUCUUUCUUAAUAGCUGUCUCACGCUUCCUGCCAAAAGGGCAACAUUUUAUUAGGUUAGGAACAAAGAUUUCAGUAUUUAAUAACCUAGCUGUGGAUGUAUGUAGUGUGCUAGCUCUCAAGUGCAAGUUGUAAAAUAAAUUAUUAUUUACAAAUUGUGAACUUGUAGAUUAUUUUUAAAAUAAUAGAUUUUUAUUUACAAAAGAAAUAUUUUUACAAAAAGAACAUGCUUGUAUAUAGUAAUUUAUAAAGUUGGCAGCUUAUAACCGCUCAGAGAGAGAAAUAGAUGUGACAUCAAAGUACAAAAUUGACUCCUUAGCUUAUUACGGUACUCACUAAAAUUAUUGAAAAAAGGCUUUCAUUUUAUAAAGCAAUUUAUUAACAUCAACGAAGAAUGGCACGGGUGGUGAUAUCUUGACUGUGCCGUCCCAUUUUGUAGUAAUGUCCUUAGUAUGUAUGUGCUAAUAGAUCUGCAUUUAAAUGACUUAGGGUGAGUGAAGGUGUGCUUUGUAACAUUUCCUUUUUAUAUAUGUAAUGUGUAAAAAAUGUAAAUAAAUUUUUGACAUUAUUUACUACAGA